CUCGUGCGGGGCUCGGCGGCGGAACCAGGCGGGCGGGCGGCCUUCUCCCUGCGCCCAGUUGCAUGGAGCUGUAAGACGCCUCGCAAGCGGCGGGGGCGCGAGCCGGCUGCCAUGGUGCUCCGGGAGGCCGGCGGCGUCCCCUUCGCGGCGGAGCUGGGGCUCACCCUGCUGCACGCCGCCCUCUACGGCAGCCUCUUCGCCUUUGCCUACCUGCAGCUCUGGCUGCUCUUCUGCUCGCGGGAGAAGCGGCUGGGCUACCGCUCCGUCUGCCUCUUCCUUUGCCUCGCCUGGGCGGCGCUGCGCACCGUCCUCUUCGCCUUCUACUUGCAGGGCGCCCUCCAGGGGGGCGGCUCCCCCCGACGCCGCCUGCCGCCCUUCCCGCACUGGCUCCUCUUCUGCUGCCCGGUCUGCCUCCUCUUCGCCACCCUCUGCCUCCUCAACCUCUAUUUUGCAGAGGUCAUCUGCAAAGUCAAGUGCGCAGCUGAAUUCAACAAAUACAAGACUGCCUUAUACGUGGGCUCCGUAGUCACCAGUCUCUUCUUCAUGUUUGUGAACUUAACGUGUGCAUUACUGGUCCAUGAGGAUGCCCCAAAAGGUCGACUGAGAUGGGCAGUGUUCACCCGAGCCAUCGUCAACGACACCCUCUUCAUUCUCUGUGCCAUCUCGCUGGCCUACUGUAUGUGCCGGCUGUCUAAAAUGACUUCCGCAAACGUCUACCUCGAGUCCAAGGGCACAUCAGUCUGCCAAGCUCUUCUCGUGGGUUCUGUGGUCAUCCUCCUGUGCUCGUCGAGGGCCUUCUAUAACCUGGUGACGGUGGCAAUCUCCCCAGAUCAUGUGCCCAGUCCCUUCAACUAUGGAUGGGACAAUCUUUCAGAUCAGGCCCGAGGGGAGGAAGCCAGCAGCGAGGAGUAUGUGGUCUUUGGGGUCGUCCUCUUUGUGUGGGAGCUUGUGCCAACGGUGUUUGUGGUCCUGUUCUUCCGGGCCCAGAGGCUGCCACAGAACUUGGCGCCUGCUGGCAUGAUCAACAGCCACAGCUUCAGCUCCCGGGCGUACUUCUUCGACAAUCCCCGGCGGUACGACAGCGAUGACGAUUUGCCCAGGCUAGGAGGAGGAAAAGGAGAAGGAGGAAGCUUGACUGCUCCCCAAAACCCCGGCUGGUACGGUUCCCUGAUGGAGAGCGACAACGGCGCCGUGGUCCCUCCCUUGAGCACAUCUGCGGCAGAUGCGGCCCCCCUCCUCUUCGCACACGGAGGCGCGGAGCCGACGAACCAGCACCAUUUUCAUCUGACGCCCCAGAACUGAUGCCAACGUGCCUCUCGCCGGGGGACUCCGGCAGGAGCAGAAGGAAGUUAGCCCCUGCUUGGGGGCCCACAAGUUUUAAAAUCUGGGACCAGAGAUAGAGGACUCCGCUCUUGAGAACACCCGGGUCAGUCGCUGUCCUCUAGUACUGGAAAGCAGUGCCGGUGCAGACGUUUCUAGACCCGCUUGUCGGCGUGGGCCGAGCGGGACAGCAAAAGGCGGCUGAACAGCUUUUGAAGGACCGUGCCUCCCUGAUGGCUAUUUUGCACUUUUUAAACCGAGCCUUUCCAAGGAAUAAAAAGCUCCCCCCCCCCCA